AUGUCGAUCAAUCUCCUCGACACCAGCACUGCAAAAGGGGAUCGCGACAACUCGUCGUUGCUGUCCCCGAUUGCAUACGACGAUGACGCGUCAUCCAUCAACAGCCGAGACCAAGAUACCGACAGCGAGGACGAUGCGCUGCAGCAGCGCGCCAGAAACAGCCGCGAGCUGCUGGCCCAUGACCGCAUCGUCUUGAUGGAGGAGGAGGAGCUGGACCAGCUGGUGACGGACUCGAGGCGCAAGCAGGAGCUGGUGCGCCGUGGGUCCGCUCUGGCGCUGCCGAAUCCCUUUAGGAACCUGGGGCGCAAGCCGAGUCUGGGAAGCAUGUCGACUGCGGGCAGCUCGAACGAGAAUAUUGUGUCUGAGAAGAGAUCGGCGGAGAGGCAGAAACAGAAGAGGCGGGAGAGGAGGGAGACUAAGAGGAAGAGGGUCCUGGAGGAGGCUCAGCAUGGCGAAGAUGGCGAGCUCAUGUACGAGAUGGAGGAGGGCGGCAUGAAGGAAGGCAGUUCCACCGGCGACAGCAGCGAGAGCGACGAGUACGAUCGUCGCAACCUUAAUGCCUUUGCUCAGGCAAAGUCACAGCGUGGGCGGAGCUGGCGCCGCUGGCUGUUCAUACACUUGCUGAUUGCCAUCGGAUUCUCAAUCCUCGUUCUGGCCUCCUGGAAGCUGUCAAAGGGUCGCAAGUCCAGCUUCAAGAUGCAUCUCGCCAGCAACGGCACUGCUGUGUUUGGGCCAACCACAAUCAUCAUAAGCCUCGACGGCUUCCGUGCCGACUUUUUGCAGCGGGGACUUACACCAAGGCUGAAUGCCUUUGUCAAGGAGGGCGUCUCUCCCAAGUGGAUGCAUCCGUCGUUCCCCUCCGUCACCUUCCCCAAUCACUAUACUCUCGCGACCGGCCUAUACCCCGAAGCCCAUGGUAUCGUAGGCAACACAUUUUGGGAUCCCGAGCUGAAGGCCGAGUUUCACUAUACCGAUCCUGCUCGGAGCUUGGACCCCAAGUGGUGGGGUGGAGAGCCGUUUUGGGUGACGGCUGAAAAGCAGGGCGUUCGAAGUGCGAUUCAUAUGUGGCCUGGCAGCGAAGCACAUAUUCUGCAUGCGGAGCCUACUUUUGUCGACAAGUAUAAUGGCAAGGAGGAUCUCGACAACAAGGUUUCUCGGAUUCUUGGUUGGCUGGACCUGCCCGGAAAAGAGAGCGGAUCUGUCGAGGCUAAAGGCUUGCGACCACAGCUCAUUGCUGCGUAUGUUCCCAACGUGGAUAGCGAUGGUCACAAGUAUGGACCAAACAGCACGGAGAUUCGAUCUAGCAUUCAAAAGGUUGAUACUAUGAUGGACCAGCUCUUCAAGGGGCUCGACGCAAGGAACCUGACACAUAUCGUCAACGUCAUUGUGGUAUCAGACCACGGCAUGGCCACGACGGAUACAACUCGACUGCUGCAGCUGGAGGAUCUUGUCGACACUUCCAAGAUUGAGCACACUGAUGGCUGGCCGCUAUAUGGGCUUCGACCCAAGAACCUCGACGAUCUGCAGGGUCUGUACGACGGCCUGGCAGAAAAGGCCAAGUCGAACCCCAACUUUGACGUCUACCUCCGUGAUGUCAACAUGCCGGAGCGUUAUCACUUUUCACAAAACGACCGCAUUGCUCCCCUCUGGAUUGUCCCCAAGACCGGCUGGGCAAUUGUCACCAAGGAAGAGUUUGACGUUGAGAAGGCGAAGAAGGAGAACCUCGUGUAUCAUCCCCGCGGCUUACACGGGUAUGACCAUGAACACCCGCUUAUGAGAGCCAUUUUCAUCGCCAGAGGUCCCGCGUUUCCUCACCCGGCGAAUAGCCAAGUUGAUGUAUUUCAGAAUAUUGAAGUUUAUAACUUGCUGUGUGACUCAUUGGGCCUAAAGCCGAAGCCUAACAAUGGCACUUUGCGGCUGCCUCUGAAACCAAUUGGUACCCACGAGGCUGAAGACGCGCCUCAGGUACCGGUGGAUCCAGUUACGUCCUAUACGAUUGUUUCGACUUCGACCUCCUCGCAGGUUGUAAAGACUCAGACUAUUCAGCGUCCGUCAGUUCCCCCUGAGCCAACCACUUCUUCUACCGCCCUGUCGUCAAUCUCCUCGACAUCUCUAUCAUCAACUACCUCGACAUCUCUGCUGCAGCCGCACACUACUUCAAGCGAGGCAGCAGUGACCCCUACAGAGAAGCCCCAAGAUGGCAACAAGGGAGACCAAAACGAUGAUGAGUCCUCCGGUGGGCUGAAGGGUAUAUGGGACUGGCUUUCCAAAGAAAUAGACAAAGUCUGGCAUAAGAUUACCGAUGGAUCGAGUUGAGUUGCAUCUGAUAAUACCACCUCACAGCGUUUAAGAGUUUUUGAAGCACGCGUAUUGUUGAUAGAGGCGUUUGGGUGGUGCGAUUUAUUCAGCUACAUGGAUAUACAUGGGUUAUAUGGUUUUUAUAAGGAGAAACAUUGCGAUUAAUUUUUCGCCUCAUGGCAUGUCUUUAGGUUCUCGCGAUCUGGUAUCGUUAUGAGGACUUUUAUAUAGCGGCUCAUUGAUAAUUACUUUCCAUAUUAAUACAUACAUUGCAUGCUUCG